CUGGGCAAGCACUUUGGGAAAACAAUUCAAGGAACGAGUAGCGGCUUGCACAGCGCCGACGAACAUACGUGUGGUCAACACGAAAUUGGGCAUCACCAUGUUGUGAUGCGUGUCGAACGAGUUUCUGUUUUUGCCCUCUUUCUGUGCUAUAUUGAUCCAAAAGCGCUGCGUUAGAGAUGAUCACGGAUCUCCAGAAUCUGUGGGAAGCUUUAUCAUGCGUGUUCGACAAUCGCACCUAUAUAAUUAGAUGGGAGGUUGCGGAUUUGCAGAUAUCCAAGUACACUAAUAUCGGUGGUCUUGCAAUUCUCAUUUUCGAUUUCUGCAUCACGUUCCAAGAUGAGGUACACUGGACGUGGUCUAGGCCAUGGGGUUCAACUCGCGUCAUAUUCACCAUAUCUCGAUAUCUGCCUUUUGCAGGUGCUGGAAUGACCGCGUAUGCUGCACUGCGUGUCAGCGGUCCGUGCCCCCCUAGUCUGGCAGAAAAUAUUAUUCAUAUUAUUAGUAUCGUUGCCGCGGAAGGCUUGCUGAUUAUUCGGACCUGGGCGUUAUGGGAAAAGAGCAAAAGAAUGCUGAUUGGAUUAUUGACUUAUAGCGCGGCGACGGUAAUCGCCGCCGUCGCUGUGAACGUCAGUCCAAAUCACCAAUUGAUUCCAGGAGGGAUGUCUACUACACCAGGAUGCGCCUUCGAGUCGUCAAGAAAUUCUGCAGUAGUAUACGCUAUCUUGGCAGGUUUCGAAUGUGUGAUACUGUCCCUCACUGCAUAUAAGUGGUUCCACGACUACCGGAAACUUCAAAGCUCAAUCGUAGCCACCGCCUAUGGCGGUAGCAUGCUUUACGUGCUGUGCAUCAUCACCAUCACUGUCACCAAUGUGAUUAUUGACGCAGAACUUCCGUUUGGCUACAGCAACAUGUUUGAUACGCUACAACUUGUCAUUCAUAGCGUCCUAGCCUCACGGAUUCUAUUCCACCUUCGAAGUAGCGAAGUUCGUGCCCAUGACACCAACAUACCAUUGUUGGCUCCAGCUGUCAGCUAUGGACAACCUUCGCAAAUGCAGACGAACGAGAUGAGAAGUGAAGCUAUCGAGAUUUAAGGCGGGCUUAGUAGUUCAUGUCGACGUAUGAUCUCACUGCGGAAACCACUGGCAAGAUUCCAU